UCUCUCUCUCUCCUCUCUUUCUCUCUCUAGGUGGAAAGAUGUUACUCAAGAAGGUGAAUGGGAUGAUAAUCCUCGCUAUAUCCAUCUUUGCCGUUCUCAUCACCUUCUCAAACCCUAGAAUCGACCCACAGAAAUUCUUUGUGAGUCUCUCUUCUUCUUCUUCCGGAGAAGACUGUUUGGUUUACUCGCAAUCUCCCUCCUUCGUCUCCUUGGCGUCCGUUCAAGAUUCCUUCUCCUUCAAUUCGGUCAGAACCGGUCUCGAUUACGACUUCUAUCGGAGUUCGUGCCCCGACGCCGAGAAGAUCGUGGGGUCGACAAUGGCGCAGAUUUACUCCCAGCACAAGGAUGUCUCCCCCGCUCUGCUUCGCCUUUUCUUCCAUGAUUGCUUCGUUCAUGGAUGUGAUGCUUCAAUCCUAUUGGAUGAUAGUUUUGGGGACAAAAAUUACUCAGCCGAAAAGGACGCUGUUCCUAAUAGGACCUUGAAAAGUUUGGACAAAAUCGAUCAUAUUAAGGGGGAAUUGGAAAGAGUUUGUCCAGGAGUGGUUUCCUGCGCUGAUAUUAUAUCUCUUGCCACAAGAGACGGCAUUGUCCUCGCUGGUGGACCCUUCUAUCCCGUUUUUACAGGUAGAAGAGACAGCAUUAGAUCCUACCAUGAUGAAGCAUUGGCUGAGAUUCCAAAACCCGAUGAUGAUCUGACUCAGAUACUACAUCUAUUUGCACUCAAAGGUUUUAAUGAAAGAGAGACUGUUAGUCUUUUAGGAGGGCACAACAUUGGGAAGAUGAGCUGUGAGUUCAUUCACAAUCGCCUCUACAACUUCAAUGGCACGGGUCAACCUGAUCCCACUUUGGCACCCAAUUUCCUCAAUGAGAUGAGACUGAGGUGCAGAGAAGAUAAUGGCACUCUUAGUAGAAAUGGAUUGUUUGAACGCAUGCACUCAAGAGGUUCUGGUGAGUCUGCUUCAGGAAGGCCGUCCAUUGAGGAAUUAUCAUCCUCAGUGCCUUCUGGGGCAGAUUUUGAUACUCACUACUACCAGAGGUUGUUGAUGGGAAGAGGGCUACUUUUUGCCGAUCAACAAUUGAUGGCUGCUAAGAAGACUGAAGGAUUGGUUAGAGCUUAUGCUUCUGAUGACGGAUCAACCUUCCGAAUUGACUUUGCGGGAGCGAUGAUGAAGAUGUCAAACCUCAAUGUUCUUACUGGUACACAAGGUCGGGUCCGACUGAACUGCUCCUUACCUCUUUUCAGCGCUAAGUGAUAGUCCUGCAAGGAUGAGCUACUUCAGCUUUUGUUCACAAUUGUACGUAUAGUCUCAUUUUUUCUGUAUUUUACCCAUCUCACAUUAGAUUGAUUCGAUGACAAUGAAGAGUUGUCACUACUAAUCUGAUUGAAAGAGCUGUAUGUAAAUCAUGAUUUAGCUGUGGAACUCUUUAGUUUCGUCUGUCCAAGGAUGUGCCUGAUU